AUGCUCACCUCAUACUCACUGAGCCUUUUGCCGCUCCUGGCUGCCAGCAUCUCCAUUUUCAUCCUCUACUGGUUCGCCAAUGCGGUUUAUGUCCUCUACCUACACCCUCUGGCCCGUUUCCCCGGGCCCAAACUGUGGCUGUUGACCCAGGUGCCAUUUGUGCGCGCAUUACGGCGUGGCCAGUUCAUCCACCGCAUCCGCGAGCUGCACGCCCAGUACGGCCCUGUCGUGCGAUGGGCGCCUAACGAAGUCUCAUAUGUCAGUCCGGAGGCGUGGAAAGACAUCUAUGGCCACCACGGUGCCGGCAAGGACUUUCCACGCAACCCGCUCUGGUAUCCUCGAUCGCAGAACGGAGCGCAUACCAUUCUCUCUGCCGACAAUGUGUCCCAUGCUCGCAUCCGCAAGCUGCUCUCACGCGGGUUCUCGGAAACUUCGCUGCGCGAACAGGAGCCCAUCAUCCAGGAGUACAUGAGCAUGCUGGUUGCUCGGUUGCGUGCGCAUGCCCAGGCCGGCCGCCCCGUGAGUAUCGGUGACUACAUCCAGUUCGCGACAGUGGACAUCGCCGGCGAGCUGAUCUUCGGCGAGUCGUUUGACUGUGUCGCCAACGAGGAAGCCCAUCAGUGGAUCAAGGUCACCUUUGGCUUCUUCAAGCGGCUUAUCCAUGGCGGCAGCUUUGUCUUUCUAGUGCCCUGGAUCCGGCCGUUGCUGCCCUAUAUUAUUCCGAAGCGCGUCCUGGAGCAGGCCCAGCAGCGGUUUGCCUUUUCGAGUGGCAAGGCCGGAAAGCGGCUCGAGUUGGGCGAGAAUGCCAGACAUGUUGACCUAGUUUCGCACAUGUUCCACAACGGAAAGGGUCUGAAUCGCGCCGAGAUCGAUGCCUCGGCCGAUAUUCUGAUCAGCGCUGGCAGUGAGACCACCGCCACCGCGCUUACGGGCAUCCUGCAGUAUCUAUUGCGCACUCCGGCCACGAUGAGUCGACUGCAGGAUGAGAUUCGCGGCGCCAUUCGUACCGCUGAUGCGCUCACCUUGGACAAUGUGAAUCGGCUGCCGUAUUUGACCGCCGUUCUGCACGAGGGCCUUCGCAUGUGUCCUCCUGCGCCGUCCAUCCGGCCGCGUCUUGUCCCGGAGGGAGGUGCCAUGGUGUGUGGAUCCUGGUUACCAGCUGGGACCUCUGUCGGAAUUCCUGUCUGGACUGCACUUCGCUACCCGGCCAACUUCGCCAAGCCAGACACGUUUCUUCCUGAACGAUGGCUCGAUGCCAGCCAGGGCGGCGUGAGUUUGCAGCCACACAACACGAACGUAUUCAUGCCCUUUUCGUACGGACCGCGCGACUGCCUUGGGCGUCGGCUGGGCUGGGCGGAGCUACGCGUUAUCCUAGCCACUCUAGUUUGGCAUUUUGAUAUGAUCAAUCGCAGUCCGGAGAACCGCUGGGAAGAGCAGCUGGAGUUUGUCAUGUGGGAGAAAAAGCCGUUGAUGUUGCAGUUGACAUGUCGAUCCUAA